AUGUCUCCACUGUGGCUGCUUCUGGGCCUCCUGGCCUUGACCGGUUCCUCUGAAAGCAGCAAUUGGGGAUGCUACGGAAACAUCCGAACCCUGAAUACCCCAGGAGCAUCUUGCGUGAUUGGAAGACGCCAUGGCCUGCCUUAUUGUGGAGUCCGUGCCUCUGAAAGGCUGGCUGAAAUAGACAGGCCAUAUCUUCUGAGAUAUCAACCCACGAUGAGAAUUGUUGGCCGGAAAUACUGUAUGGAUCCUGCAGUGAUCGCUGGCGUCUUGUCAAGGGAGUCUCAGGGUGGCAAUUUUGUGGUCGACAUGGACAACGUGGGCAAUGGAAUCGGGGUGAUACAGGACCCAAACUUCUACCCUCCCACAUCCUGGAAGAGUGAGUCCUGGGUUUCCCAGAAAACUGAGAUUCUGACAUCUAAAAUCAAAGAAAUCCAGACUAGGUUUCCAACCUGGACCCCCGACCAGUACCUGAGAGGUGGACUCUGUGCCUACAGUAAGGGUCCUAGCUUUGUCCGAAGCAACCAGGAUCUGAACUGUGACUUCUGCAAUGAUGUCCUUGCACGAGCCAAAUACUUCAAGAACCACGGCUUCUAG